AUGGCCACAGUGAGGGGCAAGUGGACGGUGCUUGUUAUUGCCACACUUUUGUCCCAAGUGUCAACGUUGAACCUGAAUUUGCUCGAAUCGACAAUAUCUCAGCACAGAGAUCUCAUCAGAGACCCCGAGGGCCUCCCUUACGACACCCCCACCAGCAAAUUAUGGGAUGAGUACGACUUUGUGGUGGUGGGGGCGGGCACGGCCGGAAGCGUGGUCACCAACCGGCUGACCGAGGUGCCCAAGUGGAAGGUGCUGCUGCUGGAGGCGGGUCGCGAUGAGCUGAGGGCGACAGACGUGCCCGUGUUCGCGGCGCACUUCCAGCUGACCGACUACAACUGGGGCUACCGCGCGCAGCCCCAGAAGGACGCGUGCCUCGCCUUCAAGGACCAGCGGUGCGCGUGGCCCCGCGGCAAGGGCAUGGGCGGCACCAGCAUCAUCAACUACAUGAUUUACACCCGCGGCCACCCCAGGGACUACGACGGCUGGGAGGAAAUGGGCAACCCUGGCUGGGGCUGGAAGGACGUUUACAAGUACUUCUUGAAAUCUGAAAACGCGAACCGAGAUUUGGCCGACUCGGAGUUUCAUUCGACAGGAGGAUAUCUGGACACGGCUCAUUUGCCCUACAGCACGAAAUUGAUCGACUCGUUCAUGGAGGGCGGCAAAGAAUCUGGUUUCGACACGGUCGAGUACAACUCGGGCGAGCUGCUGGGCUUCUCGAGGCUGCAGGUGACGCAGCGAAACGGCGCCAGGUGCAGCGCCAGCAAGGCGUUCCUGCGGCCGAUCCGCAACAGGGCGAACCUGCACGUGGCCAAGGAGGCGCAGGCGACCAAGAUCCUGAUCGACCCGGCGACGAAGCGCGCGUGGGGCGUAGAGUUCCAGCGCCGCACCGGCCGACACGUGGUCAGGGCGCGCAAGGAGGUCAUCCUGUCCGCGGGCGCCAUCGACACGCCCAAGCUGCUGAUGCUGUCCGGGGUGGGGCCCAGGGCGCACCUCGAGUCGCUCAACAUCUCGGUGGUGCACGCGUCGCCGGGGGUGGGCAACAACCUGCAGGAACACGUGUCCAUGAGCGGCCUGACCUUCCUGGUCAACGACACGGUCGCCCUGACCGAGGAGCGGCUGGCCAAGCUCGAACCCUUCCUCCAGUACGUGAACGAGGGGAGGGGGCCGCUGACCCUGGCCGGAGGGGUGGAGGGGUUGGGCUACAUCCGCACCAAGGCGGCCGACACGCCCCUCGACUACCCUGACAUCGAGUUGAUCUUCGCCUCGGGGUCGCUGAACUCGGACGACGGCCGGGUGGUGCGGAAGGGACUGGGGAUGACGGACGAGGUCUACGACGCCGUCUUCAAGCCCAUCAACAGCAGGGACGCGUGGACCGUGUGGCCGAUGGUGCUCAAGCCCAACAGCAGGGGGUGGGUGCGUCUGAAGAGCAACAACCCGCUCGCCUGGCCCGUAAUGUACGGGAACUACUUCGACGACCCGCGCGACCUCGAGUCCAUCGUCGAGGGCAUCAAGUUCUCCAUCAAGCUGAGCGGCACCGCGGCCUUCCAGAGGUACAACAGCACCCUGCACGACAUCCCCCUGCCAGGGUGCGUCCAGUUCGAGUUCAACACGGACGACUACUGGCGAUGCGCCGUGCGCCAAGUGACCACCACCCUGCACCACCAGUGCGGAACCGCCAAGAUGGGGCCCAAGAGCGAUCCGGACGCGGUCGUCGACCCUGAGCUCAGGGUGCACGGAAUCAAAGGGCUCAGGGUGGUCGACGCGUCCAUCAUUCCCAGGAUUCCGGCGGCGCACACCAACGCGGUUUGUUUCAUGAUCGGAGAAAAGGCGUCGGACAUGAUCAAAAGUUCUUACGGAAAAUAA